GCCUUUUUAACUUCUUCCUCUAUUCCUUUUUUAAGCAACAAGUUCAUUUUUUGAACUUCUUAUACUCCCGCCCUUGCUUCCAAAUCACUUUCAGCUGCCCGCUCAUUCGGCUCAGACGGUGUUUCACGGGUGAUAUAAAGGUGCUCCGUGUCAGUUGAUUCAAGACAACGACACCUUCAACAGCCAACAGAUUUCAAUCUGAUUCGACUUCGCCUAACCAAUCAAACCGGUCUUGUAACAAGAUGCAAUUCAUUCUAGUGAUCAUUGGUUUCCUUUACUUCCAGCCGCUGGAUGCUUUCGUCAACAUGGCCGACGUUGACUGCGGUGUAUCGAAAUUCAGGAACGGGCGAAUCGUCAACGGCAUUGACGCCGUAGAAGGAGAAUUCCCUUGGAUGGUGUCGCUGAAAUUAUUGCGUGGGCAGAGUAGUGAGCAUUUUUGUGGCGGUGCGCUCAUCAACAAGCGAUGGAUUCUCACAGCAGCCCAUUGCGUCCUUAAUCGCAGAGCACCGCAGAUUCAAGUGAGUGUGGCUGAGCACAACCUCCUGGGUGCCGACAGUCAACAAACGAAAUUGUUUCGAGUCAACCAGAUCGUCAUGCAUCCGUCGUACCUGACUCGUCAAUUGGCUGACGACAUCGCCCUCAUUAAUCUCGAUGGCGACGUGCAAUGGAGCGACCGCGUUCAGCCGGCCUGUUUACCUAACCCAGAUGAAGAUUCAUUCGCUGGACUGCUGGCCACCGUGGCCGGUUGGGGGUGGAACGAUGAGGUUAAAAAUGGUGGAAAAAGAGCCAACACACUGCAGAAGGUUGACGUGCCAAUCUUGGCUAAUAAGGAUUGCCAGCAAUGGUACAAAGACGAGAAGAAAUCGCUAACCAUCAUCAACUCGGCAUUGUGCGCUGGUCUUGAAAAUGGCGGCAAAGAUUCUUGUCAAGGUGAUAGCGGUGGUCCGUUGAUGAUUAAGAAAGACGGACGUCAUCAGCUGGUCGGCGUCGUCAGCGCCGGAAUCGGAUGCGCUCGUCCUCGCUUACCUGGUCUUUACACUCGUGUUAAUCAUUACAUUAACUGGAUUUCACAAACCGUCCGUUUCUAAUGACUUGUGAGCAUAGGUUUUAACGGGAUGUUGUAUUUAGUAUUUUAAAAAAGUGUGUAAUCCCCUCCUACUUAGUAAAAUAAAAUAUAAAAU